AUGGUGUACGGCAACAACUCGAUUUACGAGAAAGCUAUAAAUACGCACAGGGUACACAGUCGUCGCUUUGGCUACCCUCAUUUUAUUUUGCGAAAACCGAUUUUGGAUGGGGUCUGGAAUAAAUACGCCAUUCUACUCUCUGUACUGUUACAGGAAUUGGAGAAACCGCCGGAGCGGCGUUUACAAUGGCUAUUCUGGACCGAUGUCGACACGGUACUCAUAAACCCUAACCUACCGCUGGAGACAUUUCUACCUCCACCCCACGUCUUAAAUGCCCACCUGCUACUCACAAAAGAUUGGAAUGGCAUGAAUAACGGGGUCUUUCCUAUCCGCGUCCAUCCCUGGUCAGUUGAGCUGCUGUCAGCCGCGAUAGCAUAUCCAAUUAUGAAUACAGACGUGGAGCUCUUCUGGCCAGAUCAGUCUGCUUUGGCCAACAUACUAGACACAAAUGAUUAUUUCGCCAAAUCCGUCGUUUACUGCCCACUUCGGUGGUUCAACGCGUAUAUGGGGCUGGCCAAUGGAGAAGGGCUCAAUCCCAAAUCACCUCAGCAUCUACAAGUACAUCGAGGGGAUCUACUUGUUCACUUUCCUGGGACACCGCGUGGGAGUUUAGAAGAAACGAUGGGACCUUAUCUCGCUAUAGCCGAAUCCCACCGAGAAGACUGGGAAUUGCCUCUAGAACAGACUGACUAUGUACGAGAGACAGAAGUCUUUUGGCAGGAAUAUCAGUAG